AUGUUAGAAGGAUACAUCUUAGGUGAUUUUUUAUCUAAUUCUUUACGUAGAUCUCAAACAAUUCAAAGUCAUUUUGGAUUACAAAGCAAAAGAGAACAAGGCAGUGGAGGACAAGGCAGUGGAAAACAAGGCAGUGGAGAACAUGGCAGAGGAGGACAAGGCAGUGGAGGACAAGGCAGAGGAGAACAUGGCACUGGAGAACAUGGCAGAGGAGAACAUGGCAGUGGAGAACAAGGCAGUGGAAAACAAGGCAGUGGAAAACAAGGCAGUGGAAAACAAGGCAGUGGAAAACAAGGCAGUGGAAAACAAGGCAGUGGAGGACAAGGCAGUGGAGAACAUGGCACUGGAGAACAUGGCACUGGAGAACAUGGCAGUGGAGAACAUGGCAGUGGAGAACAUGGCAGUGGAGAACAAGGCAGUGGAGAACAUGGCACUGGAGAACAUGGCAGUGGAGAACAUGGCAGUGGAGAACAUGGCAGUGGAGAACAAGGCAGUGGAGAACAAGGCAGUGGAGAACAAGGCAGUGGAGAACAAGGCAGUGGAGGACAAGGCAGUGGAGGACAAGGCAGUGGAGGACAAGGCAGUGGUGGACAAAGCAGUGGUGGACAAAGCAGUGGAGGACAAGGCAGUGGAGGACAAGGCAGUGGAGGACAAGGCAGUGGAGGACAAGGCAGUGGAGAACAAGGCAGUGGAGAACAAGGCAGUGGAGAACAAGGCAGUGGAGAACAUGGCAGUGGAGAACAUAGCAGUGAUGGACAAGGCAGUGGUAGACAAGGCAGUGGAGAACAAAGCAGUGGUGGACAAAGCAGUGGUGGACAAGGCAGUGGUGGACAAGGCAGUGGUGGACAAGGCAGUGGAGAACAAGGCAGUGGAGAACAAGGCAGUGGAGAACAAGGCAGUGGAGAACAUGGCAGUGGAGAACAGGGCAGUGGAGAACAGGGCAGUGGUGGACAAGGCAGUGGUAGACAAGGCAGUGGAGAACAAAGCAGUGGAGAACAAGGCAGUGGAGGAUCUGUACAGAAAGAUCAGCAAAAAAAUACAAAUCACAGGAGGGCAAAGCAGUGGAGGACAGGACAGUGGAGGACAGAACAGUGGAGAACAAGGCAGUGGUGGACAAGGCAGUGGAGAACAAAGCAGUGGUGGACAAAGCAGUGGUGGACAAGGCAGUGGUGGACAAGGCAGUGGAGAACAAGGCUGUGGAGGAUCUGUACAGAAAGAUCAGCAAAAAAAUGGCAAAGCAGUGGAGGACAGGACAGUGGAGGACAGAACAGUGGAGGACAGAACAGUGGAGAACAAGGCAGUGGAGAACAAGGCAGUGGUGGACAAAGCAGUGGAGGACAAGGCAGUGGAGGACAAGGCAGUGGAGGACAAGGCAGUGGAGGACAAGGCAGUGGAGGACAAGGCAGUGGUGGACAAGGCAGUGGUGGACAAGGCAGUGGUGGACAAGGCAAAAGACAAAUCACAGGAGGGCAAAGCAGUGGAGGACAGGACAGUGGAGGAAAGAACAGUGGAGGACAGAACAGUGGUGGACAAAGCAGUGGUGGACAAAGCAGUGGAGGACAAGGCAGUGGUGGACAAAGCAGUGGAGGACAAGGCAGUGGAGGACAAGGCAGUGGAGGACAAGGCAGUGGAGGACAAGGCAGUGGUGGACAAGGCAGUGGUGGACAAGGCAGUGGUGGACAAGGCAGUGGUGGACAAGGCAGUGGUGGACAAGGCAGUGGUGGACAAGGCAGUGGUGGACAAGGCAGUGGAGGACAAGGCAGUGGAGGACAAGGCACUGGAGAACAAGGCAGUGGAGAACAAGGCAAACAUAGCAGUGAUGGACAAGGCAGUGGUAGACAAGGCAGUGGAGAACAAAGCAGUGGAGAACAAAGCAGUGGUGGACAAAGCAGUGGUGGACAAAGCAGUGGUGGACAAAGCAGUGGUGGACAAAGCAGUGGUGGACAAAGCAGUGGUGGACAAGGCAGUGGUGGACAAGGCAGUGGAGAACAAGGCAAAAGACAAAUCACAGGAGGGCAAAGCAGUGGAGGACAGGACAGUGGAGGACAGAACAGUGGAGAACAAGGCAGUGGUGGACAAAGCAGUGGUGGACAAGGCAGUGGAGGACAAGGCACUGGAGAACAAGGCAGUGGAGAACAAGGCUGUGGAGGAUCUGUACAGAAAGAUCAGCAAAAAAAUAACAGUGGAGGACAGAACAGUGGAGAACAAGGCAGUGGAGAACAAGGCAGUGGAGAACAAGGCAGUGGAGAACAAGGCAGUGGAGAACAAAGCAGUGGUGGACAAAGCAGUGGUGGACAAGGCAGUGGUGGACAAGGCAGUGGAGAACAAGGCAGUGGUGGACAAAGUAGUGGUGGACAAGGCAGUGGUGGACAAGGCAGUGGUGGACAAGGCAGUGGUGGACAAAGCAGUGGUGGACAAGACACUGGAGGACAAGGCACUGGAGGACAAGGCACUGGAGAACAAGGCAGUGGAGGACAAGGCACUGGAGGAAAUGGCAGAGAAGAACAUGGCAGUGGAGAACAAGGCAGUGGAGGACAUGGCAGUGGAGGAUCAGCAAAGGAUCACAAUAUCUUGUUACAAUGA